AUGAGAAACCAUACACCAGUGGUCAGUUUCAUCCUCCUGGGAUUAACAGAUGACUUACAAAUGCAGAUUCUGAUUUUCACACUUUUACUCAUCACCUACAUACUGAGUUUAACUGGAAACCUGAUCAUCAUCACCCUCAUAUUAGUGGAUUCUCAUCUUAAAUCUGUGGUGUACUAUUUUCUCCAAAAUUUUUCCUUCUUAGAAAUCGCAGUCACUUCUGCCUGCAUUCCUAGAUUCUUGUAUAGUAUACCAACAGGUGACAGGUCCAUUACCUAUAAUGCUUGUGUAGCUCAACUAUUUUUUACCUAUGUGUUUGGAAUGACAGAAUUUUUUCUCUUGGCCACCAUGUACUAUGAUCGCUAUGUAGCCAUCUGCAAACCCCUGCAUUAUAUGACCAUCAUGAACCACAGGUCCUGCAAAAUGCUUAUCUUCUUCUGUUGGAAGACCACUUUCUUGAUUAUAUUUCCACCAUUUUGCUUGGGACUGAACCUGGAAUUCUGUGAUUCUGUCAUUGAUCACUUCUUCUGUGAUGUUAAUCCACUUCUAAAGAUCUCAUGCUCAGAUCCAUGGUUCAUUGAAGAGAUGACCCUUGUUGGCUCUGUGUUGAUAUAUAUCAUGACUCUCAUAUGUGUGGUUUUGUCUUACAUGUUUAUCAUCAGAACAAUUCUAAGAUUCCUCUCUGCCCAGCAAAGGACAAAAGCCUUUUCCAUCUGUUCUUCCCAUUUUAUUGUGGUUUCCAUCACCUAUGGCAGCUGCAUCUUUGUCUAUAUCAAACCUUCAUCAAAAGAUGAAUUGUCUAUUAAUCAGCGAGUAGUAAUACUCACAACUUCCAUUUCACCCAUGUUAAACCCAUUUAUUUAUACUCUUAGGAACAAACAACUGAAACAUGCCUUUAAUGAUUUAGUCAAAAGAAUUUUAUCGGUUUCAAAGAACUAG